AUGGCGUACCGGAGUGGUGACCCGUCUGAAGGGCGGCGGAGCUCUGAGAGCUCUGGAGCAAACAGCUGGUUAUCUCAGGAGACGAUCAGGGAAGGGCGCAGCCAUCGCCACCUGCAGGACAACGACCAUAUGAAUGGGCGCAGUGUGUCUCCAUUUUCGGGGUCUAGGGACUUAGACAGAUCCGAUUCACUGAGCCGCAAGUCACCAACAAUCAGAGACCCAAAUGACUUCUAUUCAUCCAUAUUUUCUUGGGGUUCUUCCGAAUUUGGCCCCAAGGAUCAACAACGCAAACCCCCUCAGUUCGGUAGCCAUCGAAAAGCGUUGAAUGUGCUGGGAGCCGAUGAGAACGUCAUCCCCGCGGCAUCCAGCUCCAGCUCCCAGCUGCCGGACCUGAAUCUCAACAACUCCGACUAUCCUCAGCCCGACCCGGACCCCUCAUUAUCUUCCUCCCCCGCACUGGCACCUACUGAUGGCCCGUCUACCUUUUUUCACGACUAUUCAGAGCAAGAAGCGUCCCCCGCAUCCGCCACAUUUCGCCCGGGAACCGCUCAAACGUAUGCAAGCGAACCUUUAGAGCUGGACUACAAUGGUGAUCAUCGACGGCCGUCGGUAGCUAGCGCGAUGACAGUCAGUAGCCAGGGGUCUAAAUCUAGCGCCGGUGCACUGUUUCGAAAAAAGCUACAGGGCUUUUUUGGGGAUGAGUAUCUUGGGAAUGGUGAUUCAAAGCAUGACUCGGACAAUCACACCCAGGGCUCCACCACGAAGCCUUCGUCGCUCGAUCAAUUUAGAGCCCGAGAACGAGCCAAUUCCGAUGGCUCGCGGAGCACAGCAGCGCCAAAAGACAAAUCUCAAGGUCAGAGAUCCGGAACAGCUGUGCCGUCCAAAGAAGUUACUCCAUGGCUCUACCAGAGCGUCAACGAUAUCUCUCAGUACGGAGAGGCUCCUGUCCGAGAAUCGCUCAUAGGAACUUCACCAGCGCCCGAGGGUCACCGUGGCUCGACGUCGACAUCGACGUCUCACAGGGAUCAUUCCCGGCGACAUUUUAGCGGUCACCGCCAUUCGCGAAGCAAGGAAGAGAAGCCAACAGCGGCGGGUGACCUGGCAGGCUAUUCACACCGUCCAGCGACAGGACGUGAUGAUUUUUCUCUUGGAUUUGGCCCGUCUCGAGAGGGUAGCUUGAACUUUCCAACGCCGAUGACUUCUACUACAACGCUUGUCGGCCGUGCUACUAGCCCAACGCCGAGUGUCCAGAGCAGUUACUCUCGGGAGCAGGGCCAGAAUUCCCCCGGAGCACAGACAAGUAAGCGUUCUUUCCUGGAUAAGAUACGUCGCCCGAAACACGGCAACCUGAAAAAUAUCGCCGGAUCAAAAGCGGCCCUGGAGACAAGUAAAGUCGCCGCAUCUAAGCUAGCUCGGCGUGAAACAUCACCCGCCAGACGUGGAAGACAGGGAAGCAUUGAAAGCGGAACAUCGUCUCGUCUGGUUGAACCUGGAGAUGGCGAGCGGAGAAAGGAUAGCAAAACUCUAGCCCUCAGUGCCUCCAAAUUGAGAGCCCGCCGAGGCCAUGGAAAUGAUCUGCCCCCCCCAAAGGAUUUCAGGUAUCCUGACGAGGCGAACGUGUGGGCUCUCGAUACAGACCUGUCUCAUAUGGAAGGCAUUGUAAACCCGCCAUCACCGGGUGAAAGAAGCAAGCCGCUUGAUGGGGCGGCGUCAAUGCGGUCUGAGGAAACAAAGCACAAUCCCGCAGGCAAUUGGGACGCCCCGGAAAGCUGGCAAGUGAAAAAGCAAAGGGAGGAGGUUUCUACUCUACUCCCUCCGGACACCUUCGAACCUGGCCCAGCUAUCGCCGAGUCUGACGGGGGGACCUGGUUUAUACGCGUCUUUCGCAGGGACCAGACAUUUGUUACGCUGUCGGUUGGGCUAUACGCCACUGUUUCUGACGUGAUCCAUUCGCUCAGUCGGAAGUCCUUCGCCGGUGGAACCAAUAACACCGAAUUAGUAGUGCAAAAAAAUGAACUUUCAAGACAGCUUGAUACGUCCGAAAUGCCCAUUCUCAUGCAAAAACGGAUGCUGGAGCAGGUGGGCUACACUGAGAAAGACCGGAUCGACGAAAUUGGGCGAGAAGACCACAGUUACAUUAUGCGUUUCACGUUCGUGUCCGGUAAGAUCAGUGGUGGCUACAGCAGCCUCGACGGCAACGAUCCCCUUUUCAAUAAGGCCCAGCAAAAGUUUAGUCACGUGGACCUCUCGAGUCGAAAGCUCGUCACGAUUCCCAUUAGUCUCUACAAGAAGGCUUCGGAGGUCAUAUCAUUGAAUCUAUCGAGGAACCUGUGCUUGGACGUGCCAAAGGAUUUCAUCCAAGGAUGCAUAAACCUGCGCGAAAUCAAGUUCGUCGGCAACGAGGCCCUCCGGUUGCCUGCAAGCUUCUGUCUUGCGAGCCGGUUAACAUACUUAGAUGUGUCGAAUAAUUCCCUGGAGGAUCUAGCACAUGCCAACCUUGACAGACUGCAUGGCCUUGUCAGUAUCAAAAUGGCCAACAAUAGGCUUUCACUGCUGCCGAGCUACUUCGGCAACUUCCAUUUUUUAAGAAGCCUGAACCUAUCAUCAAAUAACUUCCAGGUGUUUCCGGAACUCCUCGCCAACCUAGGUAGCUUGGUGGAUCUUGACAUCAGUUUCAACCAUAUCUCCGAACUUCCAAACCUCGGCAACAUGACAUCUCUGGAGCGAAUUUGGAUGACCAACAACAUUCUUCGGGGUGCUGUGGAUGAUGCAUUCAAGGACCUCGUUAACCUGAAGGAAAUCGACGCUCGGUUCAAUGAAAUCACGAACAUCGAUAACCUACGUCUCCUGCCCCGUCUGGAGCAGUUAACCGUCGGCCAUAAUUCAAUCUCGAAGUUCAAAGGAUCCUUUCCCAAGAUGAGGCACUUGGCUCUCGACCAUUGCCCCAUUACCCAAUUCGAUAUCGACGCACCCAUGCCUACGCUGAUGCAUCUCAAUAUAGCUUCUGCGAAGCUGGUCCAGUUCCGCGACAGCUUCUUUGACAAUGUGCCCAACUUGACCAGAUUGACCCUUGACAAGAAUCACUUCGUAUCAAUUUCCCCGCACAUUGGUAAAUUACGCAGGCUUGAGUUCUUGAGCAUCAUCAAGAACCCUCUGGCCGCGCUUCCCGCCACUAUUGGUUGUCUAACGGAGCUCAAAUAUCUCAACUUGAGAGAAUGCAAUCUGAGAAAGCUACCACCGGAGCUUUGGUAUUGCCUGAGACUCGAGACACUGAAUGUAUCGUCAAAUGUUCUUGAUAGCUUUCCGAAACAUGGAUGCCCUCAGCCCCAGAUCCCUAACGAGGCGGCUGGGACUCCCGCCGCAACCCCUGGCGUAUUAGUGAACUCGAGCUACGAGGAACUCGGUGCUUCCGAAGAGCCAGAAACACGCCGACCAAGCCAAGCAUCGGGUACGGUUCUUAGCGCGGGCAGUUCGCCGAACGGUGGACCCUACAGGAAGCCUUCCGUCGCAUCUUCCUUGGGGCCAAGCAGAAAGGUCUCUACGGCCUCCCGCUCCCUCGCCGAUGGGAGUCCGUCUUCUCGCAAGGACUCAAACUUUUCACAGCAUGUGGCGACGACUUUAGCUGGCUCCCUCAGGAAUCUCUACCUGGCGGACAAUCGCUUGGAGGACGACAUAUUUCGGGAGCUUUCGCUUAUCCCAGAGCUGCGUGUCGUGAAUCUCUCGUACAACGAGUUGACUGAGCUACCUCAGGGAUUGUUGAGGCGCUGGCCUCUGCUCGUUGAACUAUACGUCUCGGGCAAUGAACUCACCUCACUUCCUUCCGAUGACCUUGAAGAAGGGAGUAACCUCAAGAUUCUUCACAUUAAUGCGAAUCGGUUCCAAGUGCUCCCCGCCGAGCUCUGCAAGGUUACCAAAUUAACGAUUCUUGAUGUCGGGAGCAAUUCUCUCAAGUAUAAUGUCUCUAACUGGCCAUACGACUGGAACUGGAACUGGAAUCGGAAUCUUAAGUAUCUGAAUUUUUCCGGCAACAAACGACUGGAGAUCAAGCCGCCUGGAUCCUCUCUAUCGCACCAACAGCAGCCGCAGAAGGAGCAAGCGAAACUCACCGAGUUCACUUCUCUUAUCUACCUGCGGGUUUUAGGGUUGAUGGAUGUCACUCUUACGAUCACGACAAUCCCGGAGGAGCAUGAAGAUCGCCGUGUGAGAACAUCCGCUUCACUUGCUGGCUCACUUGCCUAUGGCAUGGCCGACUUCCUCGGUAAAAGCGAGCAUCUUUCUAUCUUCGACAUGAUAGUCCCUCGCUUGAAGCCGGACAAAGUGGAAACGGUUGUAGGGAUGUUUGACGGACAGACCCAACCCAAUGCCGGUUCUCGAGUCGCGAAAUUCUUGCACGAAAACUUUAUACAUACGUUUUCUUCCGAAUUGAAGCGGCUGCGGCCCGAGGUGCAAGAGACACCGUUAGACGCGCUGAGGAGGGCAUUUUUGACCCUGAACAAGAACAUGGCUGCAGCAUGCUACAAAUCCCUUGACGCGGAUGUUCGACGGUACACGGAAGAAUCGCCUGCGCCAGAUCAGAAGAAAGUACGACUAAACAAAGACGAUAUUCACAUGGGCGGCAUUGCCACCGUCAUGUAUCUCAAUAACAUGGAUCUUUAUGUUGCGAAUGUGGGAGAUGCUCAGGCAAUCCUCGUCAAAUCGGACGGUUCUAUGAGAUAUCUGACCCGGAACCAUGAUCCCGCUGAGUCUCACGAAAGAGCAAGAAUCCGAGCUGCUGGUGGAUAUGUCUCCCGCGCAGGUAAAUUGAACGAUACUCUUACCGUCUCAAGAGCCUUCGGACAUUUCGAGAUGAUGCCUGCGGUCAUCGCGGCUCCAUACACUAUGCAUGUCAACCUCACGGAGCAGGAUGAGAUGGUAAUUUUGGCGUCCAAAGAACUGUGGGACUACGUGACACCGGAUCUCGUCGUUGAUGUUACCAGAGCCGAACGCCGGGACCUCAUGAUUGCGGCGCAGAAGAUUAGGGAUCUGGCUUUAUCUUUCGGUGCGACAAACAAACUGAUGGUGAUGAUUCUGGGCGUGGGUGAUUUGAAACGGCGCGAGAAGAUCAGGUUGCGGCCUAGCCUAUCCAUGGUCGGUACGCCCGAGGAACAGAUCAUCCCUAGCACCAAGCGCACCAAGAAGCCGCGCGAUGCACCCGGCGACUCCAGACUUGCUCGGUUUGAAUUUGUCGAUGCACCCGUCGGUGAACUGGCGAUCAUCUUCACUGACAUCAAGAAAUCUACGAGUCUGUGGGAGACAUGUCCCGAGGCGAUGCGCUCGGCCAUCCAGAUUCACAAUGACAUCCUCCGCCGGCAGCUAGGCAUCAUCGGUGGCUAUGAGGUCAAAACUGAAGGUGACGCAUUCAUGGUCGCAUUCUCGACGACUACGGCCGCUCUGCUAUGGUGUUUCAACUGCCAGACGCAGCUUCUCGAGGCUGAAUGGCCAACAGAGAUCCUUGAACAGCCCCAAUGCCAGGUCCAGUAUGACAUGGAGAACAACAUCAUCUUCAGGGGACUGUCAGUCCGGAUGGGUUCGCAUUGGGGCGAACCCGUUUGCGAGAAGGAUCCCGUGACCAACCGCAUGGACUAUUUCGGGCCAAUGGUAAACCGGGCAUCGCGUAUCUCCGCAGUCGCAGACGGCGGUCAGAUCUUUGUAUCAUCGGAUUUCAUGAGUGACAUCCAGCGCAACCUGGAGGUCUUUGCCGAUAGUGAACGAGCUGCCUCGACGGGUUCGGAAGACAGCUAUGCGCUUGACGCCCUUGGGUACAACAUUCGCCGUGAGCUGCAGCAACUCAAUAGCCAAGGCUUCGUCAUCAAAGACCAGGGUGAGCGCAAGCUAAAAGGUCUUGAAAACCCGGAGCCUCUCUACCUGAUAUAUUCUCACUCCUUGUCCGGGCGGUUAACGACGCUGGCCAAGGAUGCAGGCAACGAGCUUGCUCCAACUACCAUCAGCAAACAUUCCCAGCUGGAGAUUCAGACGGAUCUGAUCUGGCGGUUGUGGGAGAUCACCCUCCGUUUGGAAAGACUAUGUGCUGCGUUAGAGUAUCCCGGCGAAGCCAGGCUCAAGGAACCCAAUGUGGCUUUGUUCAACGUGGUCAAGAAUCAUGGCGGUGAACUAGCAGACUCGACCGUGGUCAGCCUAGUUGAACAACAGGUGACCCGCAUCGAGCUCUGCAUCAGUAGCCUUUCCAUCCGUCAUAUGAUGCGCCCCUUCAAGCCCGGCGAUCAGCUCAAUGACCACGCCAUCCCCAUUGCCGAUGUGAUGCUUCAAUUACAGACCCAGCUCGCAGAGUACCGCGCUCUGAAGGAGCAGAUCGAUGUCAGUGCUGGCACUGCAACGAGCUAUACCGGCACCGAUCCCCAGUAUAGCCACGGCGAGAGCGGCCCCGGCUCCGACUCUGCAUCGUCGUCGGACGAGUUUACCCCUGGCGGAUCUCGUCCUUGA